AUGGAGGAGGUACAAAAAGAAGAGAGGAACUGCAGCAAAAACAGGCCGUGGGAUGAUGAGAUAGAAGGAACCAUAGCUUGCCUGCGGGCCGUGCUGGCGGACUCGCGCUUCUUCUUGGUGUGCAUGUGCUUCCUGACCUUCAUCCAGUCCCUCAUGGUCUCCGGCUACCUGAGCAGCGUCAUCACCACCAUCGAGCGGAGAUACAGCCUCAAGAGCUCGGAGUCGGGGCUGCUGGUCAGCUGCUUCGACAUCGGCAGCCUGGUGGUGGUGGUCUUCAUCAGCUACUUCGGGGGGCGCGGACGGAGGCCGCUCUGGCUGGCUGUAGGGGGUUUUUUCAUCGCCCUGGGGGCUGCGCUCUUCUCUUUACCUCAUUUCAUCUCUCCGCCGUAUCAGAUCCAGGAAUUGAACUCCUCCGUCAGUAACGAGGGCUUGUGCGUGACUGGCAAUGGCACCGCCAAAGAGCAGUGGGACUCGCCGGCCUGUGUCAAGGACUCCGGCGGAAACGACCACUCUGUCUAUGUAGCUUUAUUCAUUUGUGCCCAAAUCCUCAUUGGCAUGGGCUCGACACCCAUCUAUACCUUGGGACCAACCUACUUAGAUGACAAUGUCAAGAAAGAAAACGCCUCGCUUUACCUAGCCGUCAUGUACGUAAUGGGAGCACUCGGUCCCGCAGCUGGAUACUUGCUAGGAGGACUUCUUAUUGGUUUCUAUGUUGAUCCUAGGACAACUGUUUAUAUUGACCAGAGUGAUCCCCGAUUCAUUGGAAACUGGUGGAGUGGAUUUCUUCUUUGUGCCAUUGCAAUGCUCCUUGUGAUAUUUCCCAUGUUUACCUUUCCGAAAAAGCUCCCUCCUCGACAUAAAAAAAAGAAAAAGAAAAAGAAGGUGAACUCUGAUGAUGUUUCAAGUGAUGAUGAAGUCAUGAAAGAGAAAACAAAUAGCAAAAUACAAGCAGACAGUGCAGUUCCUGCCUCUAUGGGAUUUGGAAAGAAUGUUAAAGAGCUUCCAAGAGCAGCUGUCAGGAUCUUAAGCAACAUGACAUUCCUUUUUGUGAGUUUGUCAUACACAGCUGAGAGUGCCAUUGUCACAGCUUUUAUUACCUUCAUUCCCAAGUUCAUCGAGUCACAGUUUGGCAUCCCAGCUUCCAAUGCCAGCAUCUACACUGGUGUGAUUAUUGUCCCGAGUGCUGGUGUUGGUAUUGUCCUAGGAGGCUACAUUAUAAAAAAACUGAAACUUGGUGCAAGAGAGUCUGCAAAGUUGGCGAUGAUCUGCAGUGGUGUAUCUCUGCUGUGCUUUUCAACUCUCUUCAUUGUUGGAUGUGAAAGCAUUAAUCUAGGGGGAAUAAAUAUACCUUACACAACUGGUCCCACUCUUGCCAUGGCCCACAGGAAUCUGACUGGGAGCUGUAAUGUUAACUGUGGAUGUAAGAUUCAUGAGUACGAGCCUGUCUGUGGAUCAGAUGGAAUAACAUAUUUUAAUCCUUGCCUAGCUGGCUGCAUCAAUGGUGGAAACCAUAGCACAGGGGUAAGAAAUUACACUGAAUGUGCCUGUGUCCAGAGUCGCCAGGUGAUCACUCCGCCAACAGUGGGUCAGCGCAGUCAGCUCCGUCUGGUUAUUGUCAAAACCUACCUGAAUGAGAACGGCUACGCUGUUUCUGGGAAGUGCGAUCGAACCUGCAACACACUUAUCCCAUUCCUGAUAUUUCUCUUCAUUGUUACCCUUAUAACAGCAUGCGCCCAGCCAUCAGCAAUCAUAGUGACACUCAGGUCUGUGGAAGAUGGGGAGCGGCCCUUUGCACUAGGAAUGCAGUUUGUUUUAUUACGAACUCUUGCUUACAUUCCCACUCCAAUUUAUUUUGGGGCUGUUAUUGAUACCACGUGCAUGCUUUGGCAACAGGAUUGCGGCGUACAAGGAUCUUGUUGGGAAUACGAUGUCACCUCGUUUCGUUUUGUCUACUUUGGGUUGGCAGCUGCUCUCAAGUUUGUGGGAUUCUUUUUUAUUUUCCUGGCCUGGUAUUCCAUUAAGUGUAAAGAAGAGCAACUGCAGAGACAGAGAUGGAGGGCUUCGCCGGUGAACACUGUGAGUGAGAUGGUUGGCCAAGCUGGACCCCCACAAAACUAUGCACGGACUAGAUCCUGCCCUACCUUCAGUUCCCGAGGAGACAUCAGUGUGGCACAAAGAAUGAACUGCAUAGCACAGACAUACCCCGGCCCUUUUUCAGAAGCAAUAAAUUCCUCAAAUGAAAAUGCGUUGGAAGAAGUCACUGCUGAGAUAUAGACCCCUGGCUUGGUAAUGUAAUAUUUAGUUUUGUUGGUUGACUUAAUUACGGCGCCUUGUAAAACACCUGUGCCUUCUAUUUUUAAUCUAAAUAUAACACGUGAUAAAACCAACAAAGCUUAAUGCAAACAACCAUAGUAUGUUCCUGAGGGCUGGAUACCUCAAACCAACCCAAGUUCUUAUU